AUGCGGCGUCUUGCCCUGGCGGCACUUGUUGCUUGCGUCUUUGUGACCCUUAUGAGCGAGGUUUUAGCUGAAAGGGUCUGCUACUUCAGCCAGGAGCCUGAUGCGAGACAGCCAGGCCGUCUUCGCUGGUUUAUGCCGGGGAGUAAGGAAGAUCGUUGCGCCUGUACCAGUACCAGACCAGGUUCCGUCUACAUGCAACCACUCCAUUGGUCUCAUCCACCGUUCUACACGGACACUCCCAUCUUUACCAACGACCCGGAGGACAUUCAUGAUUACUUCAACUGUCAUGGUGACUCUUCGUGCUCUGUGGAGGGACCUCUCGGGAUGGAAGAUGGUCGCAUCCCGGAUGAACGCAUCACAGCUUCGUCUUUUUGGCAGAACCGCGCUGAUCAUGCCCCACCCAGGGCCAGGCUUAAUAUUCAAGGAUACGCUGCAGCAUGGUGUAACGAAGAAACCACUGAUAACAUCAGUCCAUGGAUACAGGUUGACUUCGUUGACACAGUCACCAUCACUGGUCUGAUCACCCAGGGGCGUGGAGAUAACGACCAAAGGGUGACGGAGUACCAAGUGACGUACAGCGAUGACGGUCAGUCCUGGCAUCACGUGACUGAUGCAGACGGCACAACAAUGAAGUUCCCCGGUAACAAGGACAGGAACACCCUGGUAACUACUCGCCUGCCGUUUGCUUUGCGCACCAGAAUCCUGCGCAUUCACCCCACUGCGUGGAACCUAUAUUGCAGCAUGAGGUUUGAAGUGAUUGGCUGCUAUUAGUCAGACUCAUUACAUUGCCGACGAGUGAGUGAAAUGAUUUCAACGUCAAAAGGUAGCUCUGUCGUAGAACAAAACAAAAAUAUUCAUGCUUGUAAAUACCGGCUCUACUCAAAAUUAUUUGGUAGUUUGGAUGAAAUUUGAUGAAUAUUAUUAGCUUUUUUUCCUUAAAAUUUGUGAAUCUAUAUUUCUGAUGCUCUUAAAAUGCAUACUGGUGAAAUCGUUAGUCAAGGUGUACGUGUUGAUAAUUAGCUGAUUGGUAAGACUUUUAUAGAGUGAAAACAAACCCUGGGAGUACACUUUAAAAAAGAAAGGCAAAUCUCCAGGGAAAUCUGGACAGUCGUACAGCAAGGUUGCUUUUUCCU